AGUGGAUUCAUUUGUCUUGGGAUAUGGUAAAGGCAUAUUGAAUUUCUGCUUUGGUGACCCAAACACAAAAAUAGACGCGAUUCCAGGUGAUAUGGUGGUGAACUCCAUACUUGCAGCAAUUAUAGCACAUGGAAAUCAAUAUUAUUCUUCUCAAGAAUCAAUAUAUCACAUUAGCUCUUCCGAAAAAAAUCCUCUAAAAUCUUGUGAUAUUCAAUUGUUUCUGUUUCAUUCCUUCACCAAAAAUCCAUGGAUCAACAAAGAUGGGAACAUCAUCAAAGUGGGAAUGCCUCCGCUAUUUAGCAGCAUGGAUAGCUUUCAAAAUUACAUUUCAACCUAUUAUUGGCCAUUGUUAAAGAUACUAGAGUUGGCAAAUCUAUUAUCAUGGCAGCGUUUUGACAAAACCUACAAAAAUUUGAAAAGGAAGAUUGAUAUGGCUAUACGUCUAGCUGAACUCUACAAACCUUACUUGCUUUUCCACGGCAGCUUUGAUGAUGUUAAUACCGAGAGGUUGAGAAUGGCAAUGAAAGAUUGCAACAUAGAAGAUGUGCUCAGCUUUGAUCCAAGAUACAUUAAAUGGGAAGAUUACUUCAUGAAUACUCAUUUCCCCGGAGCUGUAAAGCGCAUAUUCUAAGAUUAAUGUACAAGAUUCAUGUGUUAAACGACUCGUCUUACCACACCUUCUCUUGAAUUCUUGAAAAAAUGUCCGUCAUUUCUUCUGCA